UUUUCCCUCAAACUGAGAGAGAGAGAGAGAGAGAGAGAGUUGUAGAGAGAGAAAGUAGCAGUAGCUGUAGUUGUGACGCGGACGGUGGUAAUGGCGGAAGGAGAGAGCGUGAAGCUCUUCGUAGGCCAAGUGCCGAAGCAGAUGUCGGAGGUUCAGCUCCUCCAAGCGUUGAGAGAUUUCGCCCUCGUCGACGAGGUCAAACUCAUCAGAGACAAAGAGACGCGCGCUUCCAGAGGAUGUUGUUUCGCCAUAUGCCCUUCUAGAGAGGAGGCAGACAAGGCUGUCAACGCGUGCCAUGAGAAGAUCACGCUGCCUGGGGCGUCUAGGCUGUUGCAAAUGAAGUAUGCUGAUGGAGAACUGGAAAGACUAGAGAAUAAAUUGUUCAUUGGUAUGCUUCCGAAAACUGUUUCUGAUGCUGAGGUGUCAGCUCUAUUUUCGGUAUAUGGAACGAUAAAGGACUUGCAAAUUCUCAGGGGGUCUGGUCAAACUAGCAAAGGUUGUGCUUUUAUGAAAUUUGAGACAAAAGAGCAAGCACUUGCGGCAAUAGAGGCACUUAAUGGAAAGCAUAAGAUGGAGGGUUCUUAUAUUCCUUUGGUGGUCAAGUGGGCUGAUACAGAGAAGGAAAGACAGACUCGGAAAGUUCGAAAAGCACUUUUGCAAGCUUCGACUUUGCAAAUAGCUUCUGGACAACAACAAGCCGUAUAUGGUGCUCUACCAAUGAGUUAUAUGCCUGCAUAUAAUGGCUAUGGUUAUCAGACACCAGGUCCUUAUAAUUUUGUGCGCUAUCGCCUACCUCAGUUGCAGAAUCGACCAACCUUCCCUAAUUUCGUACCAACUACAGACCAAGGACGUUCUAUACGUGGAGCCGUUCCUGAUCCUUCAUCCGGAGCUUCAUCAAGUAAUUAUGCAGCGCCAUCUGCAAACUACAUAGGUUCUGCUUAUCCAACCACACCAGGGGUUCAUUAUCCCUGGACACAUCCUAGAGCAAUCAUGAAUAAUCAGCAAUUUGGAGCUUCUUCAACUUUGUCACCAUCUAGUUCUAGUAGCCAAGCUGUAGCUGCUUCACGUGUUAGACCAAGCUCUUUGGUUCACGUUGAAGGUCCUCGCGGAGCUAAUCUAUUUAUCUUCCACAUUCCCCAACAAUAUGGUGAUGUACAGCUUGCAAAUCUGUUUCUGCGUUUUGGUAGGGUUCUGAGUGCAAAAGUUUUUGUUGACAAAACAACGAAUGUCAGCAAGUGUUUUGGAUUUGUUAGUUAUGAUUCACCAGCAGCAGCACAAAAUGCAAUUAAUGCAAUGAAUGGCUAUCAGUUAGGUGGUAAAAAAUUGAAGGUUCAACUCAAAAGGGAGAGUAACAAAAAAAAUCUGAACUUUGAGAUUCAACUGCACAGAAAGGUUGGAAAUUUCUGCCAUGCCGGCAUGGAGCUUAUAAAGCGCCCUGCAAUCACCUGGAGGCUGGAGUGUCAAGGUUUUCACCUUUUGUUGCUUCUAACGUCUUUGGUCCAGUUUUGUCACAGAUGCUUCCUGUUUAUGAUCCAUUAUGAAUAAAGGCUACUAAAUUUCGUCGAUUAUUUCGGAAGACUAUAUUUUUUAAGGCUUUGGGAGGAAAUUAGGCUUUGCUCAAAGGCGGAAAUUAGGCUUGUAGAAUUCAGGUUUUGCAUACAUGUUAAGAAGAAAAGCCUGGAAACCGUCUCCGGAGCUUUGAGCUUUUCCAUAUUAUUAAGGUACGAGCUCCAAGCAUCUAUAAUACUAGGGGUCAUUGCCUUGAACGGAGCUAAAGACUUGAACUCACUCUGCACAAUUGUGGUAAAACUGUCUUGGUAGACAACAGAAUCCAUGAACAACAUUAAACCGUUCAACAAACUAACCGAUGUUCCUGCAAUAGCAAAAGCAUAACUAAAAAACUUACUGAUUUUGGUAAGAUGCCUUAAGUACCCAGUAGUACACUUCUUUGUCAACAUUAUUAGGCUUGGCUGUUAUUCGAACCGGCCCGCUCGUUGAAUGGAGACCACGCAGUGAGACUGACUUUCUUCAAACGAGUGCUUGCUUGAUUCUUAUCCUCCUGCAUGAAUGCACAAUAUGUUUACAACAAGUCAGAAACAACCAUACGGGGUUAAUGUAACAUAUGUACUAAUUUAAUGUAAUCAUUAAAUAAGUUAUUCCAUACCACAUCUCCAUGUUCAUCUAUUUGGAUCUGUUUUUUUUAAAUUAGCUCUUAUAUAAGGGAGGAAAUUACAAAUAAACUCAUAUAUUAUAGAUAGGAGGAUUUUU